CGAAUUGCCGAGAAUCAGAGACUAUGAACGCGAAGCCGAUUUCGGUACCAUCUUUUCCGUGUCGGGUCCAGGUAAUUUGAAUGCGUUUUCCAUCUGAGCAUUUCUACUUUUUUCUUCUUCUUUUUCUUGUCACGCUUUUCUCCGUUUCCCGUGGAGACCACUUGACACAUACCAGUGGCUCUGCCCUACUUGCACGCGUGUGCUUCUUCUCAAUGUUUCUAUGAGGAGCUUGGAGAUAGGGAAGGGAAUAAUAGCUUUCUUUCAAAUAUGCAGGAUGGGCUAAACGUGCAUUUUUAUGUUUCAUCUUAAUAAAGUCGUUGUCGCCGAUAACAUGCGUGGUUCGACCAUCAACGAGUUGGUUCGCGUUGGUCACGAAGAACUUGUUGGUGAAGUCAUUCGUAUUGAGGGUGACAAAUGUACUAUCCAGAUUUACGAAGAGACUGGUGGUUUGACUGUCGGCGAUCCCGUCCUGAGAUCCGGUAAACCUCUUUCUGUCGAACUCGGCCCUGGUCUCAUGUCAAACAUUUAUGACGGUAUCCAGCGUCCACUCAAGGCUAUUCAAGAACAAUCCAACAGUAUCUACAUUCCGCGCGGUAUUGCUACCCCCGCUUUGGACAAGCAGAUUGGCUGGGACUUUGAGCCUAUGAACUUCAAGGUGGGCGAUCAUAUCACUGGUGGCGAUAUCUAUGGUCAAGUCUUUGAAAACUCGCUUCUCUCGGAGCACGCUAUCAUGCUGCCACCCAAGGCUCGCGGUACCAUCACAUACAUUGCCCCGAAGGGUCAAUACACCAUCGAGGAUACUGUCUUGGAAGCUGAGUUCGAUGGCGAGACCACCAAGUACUGCAUGAAGCAGUUGUGGCCUGUCCGUUCGCCCCGUCCUGUCGCUGAGAAAUUGAAUGCCAACCAUCCUCUGCUUACUGGCCAGCGUGUAUUGGAUUCGCUCUUCCCAUGUGUGCAAGGUGGUACCACUGCCAUUCCUGGUGCUUUCGGUUGUGGCAAGACUGUCAUUUCACAAUCGCUUUCCAAGUAUUCCAACUCGGAUAUCAUUGUCUACGUCGGCUGUGGUGAACGUGGUAACGAAAUGGCUGAAGUAUUGAUGGAUUUCCCCGAGUUGUCCAUUGAUGUCGAUGGACGUAAGGAGUCCAUUAUGAAGCGUACCACUUUGGUUGCCAACACAUCCAACAUGCCUGUCGCUGCCCGUGAAGCUUCCAUCUACACUGGUAUUACUUUGUCCGAAUACUUCCGUGAUCAGGGCAAGAACGUUGCCAUGAUGGCCGAUUCCACCUCUCGAUGGGCCGAAGCUUUGCGUGAAAUUUCUGGUCGUUUGGCUGAAAUGCCUGCUGAUUCCGGUUACCCCGCUUACCUUGGUGCCCGUCUUGCCUCUUUCUACGAACGUGCUGGUAAGAGUACCUGUCUUGGUAACCCCUCCCGUGAUGGUAGUGUCACUGUCGUCGGCGCUGUCUCUCCUCCUGGCGGUGAUUUCUCUGAUCCCGUUACUUCCUCCACUCUCGGUAUCGUCCAGGUGUUCUGGGGUCUUGACAAGAAGCUUGCUCAGCGUAAGCAUUUCCCCUCUGUUAACUGGAACUUGAGUUACUCCAAGUACAUGAAGGUGCUUGAGCCCUACUACGAAAGCGCCGAUCCGGAAUAUAUCUCGUUGAGAGAUCAGUGCAAAGAAAUCUUGCAAAUGGAAGAAAACUUGAGUGAAAUUGUGCAGCUUGUCGGCAAGUCCGGUUUGAACGAGACGGACAAGAUUACGUUGGAAGUUGCCCAGCUCAUCAAGGACGAUUUCUUGCAGCAGAACGGUUACAGUAACUAUGACCGUUACUGUCCAUUCUACAAGACCACUUGGAUGCUCCGCAACAUGAUUGGCUUUUAUACCCAUGCCACCCACACCGUUGAGGUGACCAGCAACCAGAUGACCUGGUCAAAGAUCCGUGAGUCCAUGAGCGAUAUCCUGUACAAGCUCUCAUCCAUGAAGUUCGAGGACCCUGCUGAUGGCGAGGCUGUUCUUGUUGAAAAGUAUGCUGCUAUCCAGAAGGAGAUGGAGGCUAGAUUCCGUGAUCUUGAGUUGUAGAUAGGCUAUUAUCUUUCUUUUUUGUUGUACUCUGAAACGAAGGUGUCUUUUUUUCCCUCCUAUAUGACCAAAUUGCACCA